AUGGAUAUUCUCUGCCAAGACUACCAGGAACCAAACUUCCAAGACGGCAUUAUGGGCAACCCUUCACAUGACUGGCGAGCUGGCGCUUUCAGGAACACAUCGUUCUUGGAAGAAGUGAAGAUGGAUGGCACUGAUGUCAAGCGCUCCAAUCAUAUCCCACUACUCACACGUCUGCGUCGCUACCAUCCCGACUCGCCGGGAAUCCCAAGCCCGACACGCGAGCUGCUGAACUACCCCCAGUAA